AUGGUUAAUGUAUCGAAUCUCCUUUCUCGAAGUAUUUCAGAGCACGUGCAAAGAACGUGGGAUGAUGCACCUGACAGGAGCGCCGUACCCCACUCAGCUAACAACGGAGUAUCAGAACCUUUAGUUCAGACUUUCAGGCAAACAUUGAGAAAGCCUUCUCUACCCACGAAGCGAGCUCUUGAUGCAGUACCGGAGAACGCCGACAUCAUGUGGUUUCUCUCCAAGCGAAUUUUUGAUGGCACGUCCGAAGCCUGUGCCAUAGGAGCUGUUAUUUUGCAACUUAAAGCAUCUAUCUAUCUAUCUAUCUAUCUAUCUAUCUAUCUAUCUAUCUAUCUAUCUAUCUAUCUAUCUAUCUAUCUUCAAAUCUAUCUAUCUAUCUAUCUAUGUUAUUUGAUAUGUUCAAGUGCUUCCGAGUUGCUUUUUGAGAUCGGAAAUGUCGAGAAUAUUAUAGAUGGAGGUGCAGCCAUUGAAGAAAGGCGGGAAAAAAUCACGAAAGGAGUAGAACAGAAUCUCUCUAUCAUACUUACUUACUUUCUUUCUUUCUUUCUUUCUUUCUUUCUUUCUUUCUUUCUUUCUUUCUAUUUUAGUCUCUUCAUAUCUAUCUAUCUAUCUAUCUAUCUAUCUAUCUAUCUAUCUGUCUUAGUCUGUCCAUUCCUAUCUAUCAAUCUCUUUUUCUAUCUAUCUAUCUAUCUAUCUAUCUAUCUAUCUAUCUAUCUAUCUAUCUAUCUAUCUAAAUCUUUUCAUAUCUAUCACAAUCAAUCAAUAUCUAUAUGGUCUAUCUAA